UCUCUCUCUCUCACACACACACACACACACACACACACACACACACACACACACACACACACAUCUUUUGCCCUGAGCUUAAGGGGACCACACAAACAACAACAAGAACACACACACAGAGGCACACACACUCGCGCACACACAAAUUGGAUACAUUUUGAAUAAGCUUUUGGUUCCUUAUCCGGGGACUAGCGCGGCUGGCGUGAUUGGCGCAAAUAGUCACAUGGUGAAACUAACUUUACGGGGUCGCCAGCUAGUAGGAGGGUUUUAUGGAGCAGAAAAACGACAAAGCGAGAAAAAUUAUUUUCCACUCCAGAAAUUAAUGAUCAUGAGCUCGUAUUUGAUGGACUCUAACUACAUCGAUCCGAAAUUUCCUCCAUGCGAAGAAUAUUCGCAAAAUAAUUACAUCCCAGACCACAGUCCGGAAUAUUACACCCGGACUAGGGAGUCCAGUUUUCAGCAUCAUCACCAGGAAUUGUACCCUCCACCUCCUCCACAGCGACCCAGCUACCCCGAGCGGCAGUACAGCUGUGCCAGCCUCCAAGGUCCCGGCAACCCCCCAGCGCAUCCCAGGGGCCAUGGACCACCACCCGGAGGCCACCAUCUCCCCGAGAAACCACAGCAGCUCUGUGACCAAACGGCUCUCUCCAGCGCAGCCACCUCGCCAGCCCCGGCCCCUCCAGCCUGCAAUCAGCAAAACCCCGAGCAUCCCAGCAGCACGGCCACUAAGCAGCCCAUAGUCUAUCCAUGGAUGAAAAAAAUCCACGUCAGUACUGUGAACCCCAAUUACAAUGGAGGCGAGCCCAAGCGAUCCAGGACUGCCUACACCAGACAGCAGGUCUUGGAAUUAGAAAAAGAGUUCCACUAUAAUAGAUACCUGACAAGGCGGAGGCGCAUCGAGAUCGCCCACUCCCUGUGUCUCUCGGAGAGACAGAUCAAGAUCUGGUUUCAGAACAGGCGGAUGAAAUGGAAAAAAGACCACAGGCUGCCCAAUACCAAAGUGAGAUCUACGGCUCCUACCAAUUCUUCCACCAGCUCCAUUCCUGCUUCUGCCAACGCGGUUGCUAGCGAAGAACAUUCGCAAACCUCAUCUCAGGACCAACGAGCAGAGGAUAUUACAAGGUUAUAAACUAAACUAAACAAACAAAACAAACAAACAAACAAAUACUCCCCAUAAAAAUGACUCUGAUUAUUUAUAGAAUCUAAUAUAUAUCUAUAUAUUUUGGUUCUUUCCCCCCCUCGUAGUUUUUCCCGUGCUUAUAUAUAUAUUAAGUAAUAAAAAAGAGGAAAAAAAUAACCCCCACACACACAAAAGAAUGAGGUCUUCUGUCAGACCUCAGGCUUUAGGUGCAUGUAUUAUUAGCAUGAGAGGUCAGGUGAAAUACCUGCUGGAUUUUUUUUUAAAAAAGCCAUUUUCAGGGUUUUAAUUUAUUUUUUAAAAAGGGAAGGAGUGGAAGGAUGGGCUAUGUGUGUGUCUGUGCGCGUGUGUUGGGGUGGGGAACUAAAUGUUCUGUUUUAGAUGAAAAUUCGAGGCAUAUGCUAAUAAUUACACAGGCAAGGGAAGAAUGUAGUUAUUUUGCUCUGUGCGUUUACAAAUGGAGAACAAAAAAGAAAUUAUGAACCAUUGAAGGCUUCCCCCCUCCCUUUUUUUUUGGUAUAAAUGUAGGAAAAGAUUUUUUUUAAAAAGGGGAAAAGGCAACACACGAGUUAAUAGUAGCUGAUCAACUUAUGGUCUAUUUCAAUGUGAAGGAGGAAUCAAAGGAAGAAGGAGCGGGGGAGCUAGCAAGUUGAAAGGAAAAAGUCAGUAGGUAGAUUUUUGUUUUCGUUUCGUGGUGGUUCUUUGUGUUUUUUGGACCGAUUUGACAUGAACAUUGUAAACUUGCAAUAAAAAGAGUUUUAGUGUAUAUGUGAAAGUCCCCUUGUUCAAUAAAAACCAAUGAGUGUGA